AUGGAUAUUGGAGACUCAGUACUUAAUGCGACGAGAGUAAUCAACAUCCGUCUGAGCAGAGGGGUCACGAACUUCAGGAUCGGGCGUUUGUAUGAUUGGGGAGAUGAUGAAGUAGGGUGGUUUGGGGGUCUUGGUUUUGUGGUGGCGGUUUUCUGUUUCACUUCAAAAAUCAAUACGUUGGUUAGUUUGUCUACCUAA